GGGGGCUUUAGUCACCAUUAAUAAUGCUCAUAAGCCAUCUGCCAGUGAACACUUGUGUAAGCUACUGACUACAACAACACAUAUCGUGCAGUGAAAACUACAUAAAAUGAUGUGGCUAGUUUUACUGGUCGCCGUAGAGCUGGUGACAGCCUCCGACCUUCAGUUGGGGGACCGCAUCAUCGCCACGGAGAAAGAAUGUGACCGGAUCUUGAAGAUAAACGAGAACUGGACCACAGGCAACUACCAUGAAGAGACAGCUCAGUACGUAGAUCUCUACUUAAUUUGUUCGGAGAGCUUAAAUGAAGACAAGCUGAAAUACAUAGAAGAGAACAAGAUGGACCUAAGCUGGUACCCUGAUACGUUUGCGGUCGAAACCAGCGAAGGAGAAAAGUUCGUGAAGAAACCUCCACCGAAAAAUAUUGAGGUGUUGACAAUGGACUCAGCAAAGAAAAUCAUGUCUAAGUACAUUAAAGAGGUGGGUGAGAAGAUAAGUCCAAUAUAUAAACUAUUUGAUCUUCAUAGCGAAGAAGGCCAAGAGAUCGUCGACAAGCAAAUAGAGUGUGAGGAGCUCGCGUUGUAUACAUUUAAACAUCCGGAAGAUGAAAUUGGUGAACCAAAACAUGAAAAAUGUCUGACUGAACUCUACUGCAUGAAAGCAGAUUUCAUGGAUAAGCAUGGACUCCCCAGAGAACAAUUUCCAGAGUUCUUUCCGAUACUGUAUAAAUCUAGAGGCACCGAGAUUAAAACUCCACCAGAGUUUGAAAGGUCUGUGUGUAAAAGUUCUGAAACGACAGGAGGCAGCAAGAGGGAACUUGAAAAGUGGAUGAGUGGAGUAGAGCUGAUAGGAGAGAAAUUAAUCAAUAUGGGAGAAACUGGAACAGACUUCAUUCAUAGGCUGGUGAAUAAAGGCAAGAGUGGUGAAUCAAAAGUGUUGACCAAAGAAGAACUCGAUAAACUACUAGAAAACGCAGAGUCAGUGUCGAUUUCUGAUGACGAAGAUGGAACCGAAGACGGUACAAAGAAGAAGACUCUUCAAGUUUAUGGAGACCUGUUAGCUGACAAACUAGAAGAACUACAGGCUAAAGGAAUCGAAAUAGCUCACUCUCAGUUGGGUAGAGACAUUGCCGCUACUGGAGUAGAUGCGAUUGGAAAUGUAAAGGGUGCGUUGAGUGUUGCUGGGGAUGCUGCUAAAGGUGCUGCGUUAAAAUUAAAAGAAGGGGGUGAUAGUUUCUUAAAUAAACUUACAAAGAACUCACUUGAGAAUAAUAAGGAAAUAACUACUUCUGGGACUCAAAAAGAUCAUGUGGAACCAAAAACCAUAAUGGACACGUUGCUUGAUCGUGUGGUUGGCCCUGGAUCUGCAUCAGGCACAGACAGUGUCAAAACACCUAGUCCGCUGCAAAUAUUGAAGGAAUUAACCAGGGGGGAUGAUGGGACACUGUCAAAUAGUGAGAUAGAGAAAUCAAUAAAGGCUUUGAAAAAAAGUGCCGAAGAUAAAAUGGGAAAUUUGCAAUUGAGCAAAAAAGAAAUACUCCAGUCUGCUGAAAUUGUCAAAGAUGCAAUGGGUACUCUUCUUUCCGCUGCAGGCCAAGGGUAUGGCGUGGCUAAAGAUAUGUUGCCACAUGAAAUCGAAAAAGCCAAAGACCUUGUGAAUCAGCUGAUAAAUUACGCCACGGAUGAGAUUCUAGGCGAGAAUAAAAGUAUCGAUCACGAAGACGAGGACGAUGAUAACGAUGAUUCCGAAGAUGGAGAUGAUGAAGAUGAUAAAGAAAAUGCCGCGGAAAAUAAACAACCGUCAAAAGAUCAGGAGGAUGGUGGUUUAACAGAACAGGAGCCAGAAAGCACUCCUGCGAAAAACAAUCAAGGAUCCGGGCAGAAUCAACAAUCAACUAAUGGAGACAAACAGACCAGUGUCAGUAACACCGCAGAAAUCAAUGACAAUAAAACUACUGAUGGAGGCAACGCCAUGACUAAUAGUGCAGAUAGUAAAGAUGACAGGGCAGAUUUAUCAGAUGAAGAAGAGGAUAAAACAUCAGCUAAGUCAGUAAGUGAAGAAAAAUCUGUAAACAAGAACCAAGAAACCACUGUUCCAAAGGAAGAUAAGAUCGAUAUUCGACGAAGGAAAUGAAAAGUACCAUAACCUCUGUUAAUAUUUUUAAAAGUUUAUUUUUAAACUGAUUAAAUGGUUGCAGCUGU